CCGGCCCACAUCAGACCACAGCAUGGUUUGCCCCACCCUGACCGUUGCCCCUCAGCGUCCACUUCCUGUCUUCUCCCAACCCCAAUACUUGCAAGAUAUUCGUAUCGUUGACUUUGAACAACAUAAAACCUUUAUUCAAACUACCAUGUCUUCUCAACAAGCACCCUUAUUUAUCAAGAUCAAACACGCCAACUCGACUCGGAAAGUCCGAGUACCCAAUCAACCUGCGCCCGUCUGGUCAAAGCUUUCGGCGGCGAUCGUCGACAGGUUCGGAAUCCCAGAGGGGCAACCGAUCGGCUUGCAAUACCUCGACCCGGAGGGCGACAUCAUUACCAUCUCUUCUCAAGUCGAGUUCGAUGAACUUUGGCACGAAAUCACUCUUGCUGCCAAACCCAACCAGAAGGGCGGUGUCGAUCAAAGGACUCUCAGCUUAGAGCUCAUCCUUAUCGAUCAUCAACCAACUCAGCCCAAGCCGUCCAGCGACCUCACCAAAGUUCAUCACCCGGAGGCCGGAUCAAUCUCGACAGAAGGGUCCACUUUCCAACUCAUUCCAACUCCUGCCGAUGGCUCAAGCACUUCAACUGUUGAUCCUGCCUCUGACUCCGCUCAUCAUGGCCCUGCUGCAGCCGAGGGCAAUAAUCCGAUCAAGGGUGCAAGUGACCCGACCCCUGGUACUGCAGCAUCUGACCCACCUGAAUAUCCGAUCAACACUUCGCCCUCCCCCAACAGUCGGAGCCCCCCCGUUGACUCGAACCUUGGUCUGUCUGCUCUGAUCACUGCGAUCGAUGCAAUCGCUCCCAAGCUACAGGAUACCCUUGGUGGCUAUGCACAGAUGAUAGUCGCAGGUGAGCGACCAGCUCAGCGAUACCUGUCGGGUCAU